CACAGCACAGCACUGUGUUCCCCACAGGCUGACGGUGUGCAGAGCCUGACAGAAAGGCUCACGGAGCUACUGUGGGAUGCAGAUGAAGAGCUGGUCUGGAUGGCCCUCUCGGUAUUCAUCAAUGAAGUCCAGGACAGAGACAUCCCAAUCUCCACCCCCACUGCCCUGCAGAUGGCUGAGGCACUCCAGACACUCUUUGGCUACGACAACAUUCACAUGCAGCUGCUCUCCAUUCACCUCUUCCGAAAAUUGUUGAAGUUGGUAGUGGAGGAGGGAAAACAACCUCUGCAGACGCAUGUGAUCCAGAGCCUGCUGCCACUCUUCUUCCUCUCACAUGAUGAGAACGAGCACCUGGCAGACGCCUCUUGGGAAGUGCUGAUUCGUGCACUCAGGUUCCUGAAGAGAAGGGAUCUCAAGAACAUGCUGGAGGCAGACAAGCCGUGGUGGUUCUGUGACUGCCUGGUGGAAAGCGAGAAGAAACGAGUGGUGGAGUUCAUGUGGCAGGCCCUGCCAUUCCUGGAGAGCCCACAGGAGCCCCUGCAAGAGUUGGCCCUCAGGUUCAUUGGGAUCGCCGGCAAGUACCUGAGAAAGGGGCAGGAGGAGGACGAGCUCAUCAUAGAGGUCAUCAUUGACACCCUUCAAGGCAUGACUGCUGACAGCCCUGCCAUCUCAAAGCGGGCAGCUGAAACCUUGAAAAUCAUCAGGGAUAUCCAGAAAUCAAAACCUAAACCUAAACCGACACCGAAAUCUAAAUCCACCAGAUUCCGGUAGCCUCCAUUCCUCUCUGUUCCAGCCCUGAGAGGAAUGACCGAUGACCUCAGACUCGCCAUCGCAGGCCUGGCCAUUCCAAACUGUACAUGCUAAGGGCUGUACAAACAGCUCCCUGCUCCAGACUCCAGCAGCUCCAAGACUGGCUCUGAAGAGGAAAAUGCCUCUUUUCUGCAAGGACGGCCUUUUACACCAGUGUGGGAAUAUCAAAUAUAUCUAUACAUCUUAUGAAA